CAUACUCAGAGCAGAACUCUCCACAGGAAAAGCCGGAGACAGAAUGCAGUUCAGCUGAGAGCAGCUCCGUUCCACAGCGAAGCUCAGAUGGGACACUCCUGUACUUUGAUACUUGGUUAAUUACUCAUGUGAUGUGUCACAGAUGUCUAGGGGCUCGAGCUGAGAGUUUGUUUCGAUACACUGACUGACUGACUGACUGACAGGAUCCCGGGGAAGCCAGACGUUUAAAGGAGCGGGACAGGAGCCGGUUGUCGGGAUACUUAAUCUGACUUUUCUUAUCAGCCCUAUCUGGAAAAUCAAAGCGUGGAAUGUGUUUGGAGAUGGGCCUCACAAACCUGUACGUGUUGUUGCUAAUAGCCAGCCUGGCCGUCGGAGGAAUGGCCCAGGUGAACUCCACUGAGGAGCUCCCUGACAUUCUCCAUCAGACCUCCACCCCUUUCGCUACCACCACGACCUCUCAAUGGGUCUCUCACCUCCACCACCACCAAGUGUCUCCUGGGAGCCGGCAGGAGACGAACCCCGAGGGCAGGGAGCCCCCGCCGAGAAACGGGAGUCCUAGCAAACACAUUCCCCCGCUCUGUCACAACCAGACCACCAUCAGAACCUCCUUCAAGUACAUCAACACCAUCAUCUCGUGCGUGGUGUUUGUGGUGGGGAUGGUUGGAAACGCAACCCUCCUGAGGAUAAUUUACCAGCACAAGUGCAUGAGGAAUGGACCCAACGCGCUGAUCGCCAGCUUGGCCCUCGGAGACCUUAUUUACAUAACCAUAGACAUCCCUAUUAGUGUCUACAAGCUCCUCCUCUCAAAGUGGCCUUUUUCAGACAGCGCCUUCGGCCUGUUCCUGUGUAAGCUCCUCCCUUUCCUCCAGAAAGCAUCUGUGGGCAUCACAGUGCUGAACCUCUGCGCCCUGAGUGUGGACAGGUACAGGGCAGUGGCGUCCUGGAGUCGAGUGCAGGGGGUGGGUAUCUCCUUCCUCACGGCCGUGAAGAUCAUCUCCAUCUGGGCUGUCUCCAUCCUCCUGGCCGUUCCCGAGGCCGUCGUUUUCGACAUGGUCAGCUUCAGCUACCGGAAUGCAACUUUCCGCACCUGCAUGCUCGUUCCCAAGACGGACGUCAUGAGGUACUAUGUGGAAGUAAAGGACUGGUGGCUUUUUGGCUUUUAUUUCUGCAUGCCUUUGGCCUGCACCGCAAUCUUCUACACGCUUAUGACCUGCGAGAUGCUGAGCCAUAGAAACGGAAGCCUCCGGAUCGCCCUGAGCGAGCACCUGAAACAGAGACGGGAGGUGGCCAAGGCCGUGUUCUGCCUGGUCCUGAUCUUCGCUCUCUGCUGGCUGCCGCUCCACCUGGGCAGGAUCCUCAAGAAAGUGGUUUACGACGACAAGGAUCCCGCUCGCUGCGAACUGUUCAACUUCCUGUUGAUCCUGGACUAUUUGGGCAUUAAUUUUGCCACUAUCAACUCCUGCAUCAACCCCAUCAUUCUCUACUUUGUCAGCAAGAAAUUUAAAAACUGCUUCAAGUCCUGUUUGUGCUGCUGGUGUCACUCGGAAUCACAGGUCACCAGUACUGGUCUGAUGAACGGCACCAGCAUCCAGUGUAAGAAUCACGAACCCAACAACCUCCACACAGACCGCAGCCUCCGCAAAGACAGCGAUUGAACUCCUGCUUCUGGCUUCAAAAUACGGCGCCACCAGUGACCGGGAGGACUCACUACAGGCAGCCCUGCACUCAGCUCCACGAAUACUCCUGCCAAACCUUCAGGGUCUGGAACUUUACGGCAACGUGCGUGUGCUGAAAAAGACAGUACUUCUGAGCCUGCCCUCAAUGAGAGACCAUUUAAAAUGACAUAUAUAACCACACACACACACACACGCACGCAUGUAUUGUACUCAUAUCGAAGUGGGGAGGUCCCACUGACUCUCAGUUUCCUGUAACCAAAGAAUGCUAACCUAUCCCUAACCCUAACCUUAACCAAAGAAAUGUUUCGACACUUUUGGUUUACCAAUAAUAACAAUACACUUUGGGAAAACACAUUGUUCACCUAGUGGGGAACAGCAUUUUGUGCCCCCACACCGUGAGUGUGCAGUCAAGUCAUCAACCCCAGUAAACUAGCUUUGCCUAAAACACACACAGACACAUACAUACACACCACACACACACUACACCACACACAUACACAUACACACACACACACACACACACACACACACACACACACACACACAGUGAGUAGACAAUCACUCUGAUGUAUUUAAAGGUUUCCCAGAGUCCCUGAACAACUGUUCCCAGGGACCUCUGGAGUGCUGUUUUACCGUGAGAGCUGGACGGAGGGGAACAGUGACAGGAUGCAGCUGAGUCUUUGCUAUAAAUUACAGCCAAUCAGAUGAUGAGUGUGUUAUUCCUAUCCUGCUCCAAGCUGCUUGAGUCCUACCGGGAGCCACAGGAAACCAAGGGGGGUCAGUUUGUGUGUGUGUGUGUGUGUGUGUGUGUGAGUGUGUGUGUGUGAGUGUGUGUGUG